UGCUACAACUACACUGUGCUGGAUGAUCCACGAAGAGCCACCAACAAUAAAUAUUCCUCUGAAAUAAUGUGUGACUGUGAGGUCAACUGGAACGGCUGGUACCGUCUCUUCAUUCAGGAUCAGAGCGUUCAGAUGCCAGACACAUGUGUUGAGGAGUAUAGUUGUGGCACUGAUGCUCCACUGUGGCUGAAAGGAGGACAUCCAACAGUUGAGGAUGGAAUGGUCACUCGAGAUGUCUGCGGUCACUAUGACAAUAACUGCUGCUCUUUUCUGUCCAAUCCCAUUAACGUCAAAGCUUGUCCAGGAGAUUAUUAUGUCUAUGAGUUUGUGAAACCAGCUUUCUGCUUUUUAGCAUAUUGUGCAGAUGUAACGAACAUCAACUCCACUUAUACUGUCACAACUACAAUUAUGACUGCAGUUCCUCCUGUUGACCCCUGCUAUAACUACAAUGUGCUAGAUGAUCCAUGGAGAGCCACCAACAAUCAAUAUACCUCUGAAAUAAUGUGUGACUGUGAAGUUAGCUGGGAUGGCUGGUACCGUCUCUUCAUUCAGGAUCAGAGCGUUCAGAUGCCAGACACAUGUGUUGAUAUGUUAAGUUGUGGCACUCAUGCUCCACUGUGGCUGACUGGAGGACAUCCAACAGUUGAGGAUGGAGUGGUCACUCGAGAUGUCUGUGGUCACUGGGACAAUGACUGCUGCUAUUUCCAAUCCAAUCCCAUUAAAGUCAAAGCCUGUUCAGGCAAUUAUUUUGUUUAUGAGUUUGUGAAACCAGCUUUUUGCUCUUUGGCAUACUGCGCAGCUGUUUUCAACACUACCUAUACAACUGUCACACCAAAGAAAACCUCAACAACAGCCACUACAAACUUGGACUAUACUGGUAAUGUACUGUGCUAAGUUGAAAUCUGUAGGAUUUAUUACAUGGAGAGCUAAAUACAUGGCUAAAUACAUUUGCAAUUACUGCUACCCAUUUAAGAAGUUCUAUAUAAAUCUAUAUGUUU